AUGCCGCCCUUGACCUCUGUCGCCAAGGGGUCAGUCUCUGGGCCCUCGAGUGAUGGCACGAAGGGCACGCUGCGACCGUUUGAUGUAGAGCAGCUCAGCAAGCGGAAGCGAAAGAGCAGUGGCGGUAGUGUGCUUCCCCCGUCCUUGACCGAGGCAUCGUCGUCUUUGCUAGAGUUUCGCGACCCCAGCGAGGUCACCUCCAUCACCACACCCAAGCAGCGCACUAGCCAUACGCCGGCAGUCGGAGGUACGCUCUCCUCCGCCGUUGGGGCUUCUCUGAGUCUUUCUGAUCAAGAGCAACAACAGCAACAGCGUCGGCGCGCGUCUUCUAUCUACGCCAAGGACAGCGCACUCCCCAAGCAACCUUCGGCAUCGAUAGCCGACCCGGGCCCCUUUGAUCAGAAUCUCGCUUCGUCCUUCGAGAAGGAUGCAGCGACGGGGGACGCUACGGACAACGGUGCUGACCAAAGUUGCGUCCCCAUCCCGCCCCCCGAGCAGCGGCCACCGUCCACUUCUCCGCUGCCCAUGGCGCUAGCCCGCGAGGACGGGAGCAGGGUAGCGGUCGCGGAUGGCUCAGACUUCGCGGGGACUUCGGCAGAAGUAAUUCCCGUUGCUUCCCCGGCAGCUGCGCACGCGCCCACAAGCGACCGCGGUGACACCGAAGAGGUCAUCGCGUCUCUGCGCCCAUCGGCAGAGGAGGAGGCGCAGUACACUGCCUGGGGGACACUCUCGCCUGACGACCUCACCCCCGAGAUGCUGCAGACCAGGAAUGCUAGCGAGCUGCGACAGUGGCACAGGGGCACCCUCAUCGGUCGCGGCACCUACGGGUCUGUCUACCUGGGCCUUCUUCCUGACGGCAGCUUUCACGCCGUCAAGUGUGUGGCGCUAGGCAACAAGAAAGCUGCAGCAGAUCAUCUCGGCGUCCUCGAGCUCGUUUCGCUGUCGCGUGAGAUCAACAUGAUGCAUCGAUUACGGCACCGAAAUCUUUGCACAUUCAAGGGGGUCUACUACGACCCGGAGAGUGUGUCCAUCUGCAUGUUUAUGGAGUACGUCGGCGGCGGCUCCCUCUCCGCCCUCGUCAAAAAGUUCAAGCCGUUGCCACCCUCGGUGGUGCGCAGCUGGACCCAGCAGCUGCUCUCCGGGUUGCACUAUCUGCACAGCCAGCACAUCAUUCAUCGUGACAUCAAGGGUGACAACGUGCUGGUCGAUACCACGGCUGAUCCAGCCACCCUGUCGCAGAUCAAACUCGUCGACUUUGGCGCGGCGCGGCGGCUUACAGACGCCGUGUCUCAGAGUAGCACCGUGAUAGGCACACCGUACUGGAUGGCCCCAGAGGUGGUGGACGCGUCCGGGGACGGGAGCGGGUAUAGCUACCAGGCGGACGUGUGGUCGGUAGGGUGCACCGUAGCAGAAAUGCUGACGGGGCGGCCACCAUGGCCGUGCAGGCCGAGUGCACCGUCCGCUAUCAUGAUGAUUGCGUCCGCCACCGGCAUGCCAACCGAGAUUCCGGAAGAGGAGGCGACACCUGGCUGCUUGGACUUCAUGCGCCAAUGCUUCAUUCGCGACCCGGAGAAGCGGCCGACGGUGCAGCAGCUGCUGCAGCACCCGUGGAUACAAGUGAAGGUGCCGUAG